AUGGGAAUAAGUCUUUCAAAAUUUCGUUCAUCUACUAAGACAAAAUAUCUCAAAAUUAAACGUUCAGCCAGUUCAAUCAAUUUAAGGAGUCCUACACUAGCAGCAAAAUUAUUUCGUGAUGAUUUUAAAUUUUUAAAUGGUAGAAGAUAUCAUAAUGUAGAAAAUAUUUAUUAUUUUUUUCCAAAUGAUGAUCAGGAAAUAGAUAGAUUACAAUUACAACAUUAUAUGAUGAGAUUUAUUUGGCGUUCGAAUUUUUCUUCUCCUAUGCGUGAUCUUCUAGAAGAAGGUUAUGCUCAUGUUCUCGAUGUUGGGUGUGGACCAGCAACAUGGCUUUUAGAAAUGGCAUCUGACUUUCCGAAAUGUGAAUUUACAGGUGUUGAUGUUGUGCCAGUAAUGCCAUUGACAAUUAAGCCUCAAAAUAUAAAUUUUAUAGAAGCGAAUUUGCUAAAUGGACUUCCAUUUCCAGACAAUCAUUUUGAUUUUACUUAUAUAAGAUUUCUCAAUUGUGCAUUUCCUUCUAAUCUUUGGACAACUAAUGCUAUCCCAGAACUAAUUCGUGUGACAAAGCCGGGUGGAUAUGUAGAAAUAAUGGAAUGGGAGACAAAAAUUCAUAAUCAAGGUCCAAUUACUGAACGACUCAUGGAUGCACACAUAAGAUCUCAUGAUGUAGAUGACAGAAUACCCGAAAAAAUGUGUUCUUAUCUACAAGACUCUGGAAAACUAAAAAAUAUAAAUCAUGACUACAGAGAUAGUCCAAUUGGUAAACAUGGUGGUAGGGUUGGUAAAUUAGCACUUGAUAAUUCUAUAGCUGCAUUUAAAUUUUGUGAGGCAAAACUUUCUGUGGAAUUUGGAAUGACCUCAGAAGAAUAUAAUGCUCAUUUUGAACUUUAUGCAGAUGAAGUAGAUGAAUAUAAAUCUCAAAUCAGAACAUAUAGAUUUUGGGCUGAAAAGAUUUAG